AUGCACUCCAUUCAGUUUAAUCCAUGAAGUUAUCUUCAGUUGUAAACUGACAAUACAAUCAUGUCAUUUAAUUUUGAGGAGUUCGUAAAGAAAUAUUACGUCCAUCCUGAAACAAUAGAAUUUUUCAAAGCGAGGCUUGCGGAUAAUGUUCAACCAUAUUAUGAAGUUGGAGUAGAAGAGGCGAGGAAACAGAGUGCUGCCGCAGCAAUUAAAUAUGGUGGUACAGUUAACCUUGACGGAAAAGAGACGGAGUUUAUCAUUCCAUCUCCACACUGCAAAGAUGGUAUACCUGUAACUGUGUACAAGCCGUCAUCCUGUGAUACAUUGCCAGAUCCUGGUAUUCUUGUAUAUUAUCAUGGUGGUGGAAAUACUGUUGGAUGCCGUAAAACCCAUGAAACCGUAUGCAAAAUUUUAGCAAGAGAUUCACCAUGUAUAGUUGUGAAUGUUGAGUACCGUUUGGCACCAGAACACAAAUAUCCUGCAAAUAUAGACGAUUCUACAUGUGCGCUACAGUGGGUGGCAGCAAACAAGACUACCAUAGGUGGUAAUGUAAAUAGUAAACUUGGUGUGUCUGGGGAUAGCGCUGGUGGAAAACUAGCGGCUAUUGUAUGUCACGAAGCUAAAGACUUGGUAGACUUUGCAAUUUUGAUUUAUCCAAGUGUCAGUAUGAACUUUGAACACCCUUCAAAUGAAGAGUUCCGAGAUGGUCCGAGUCUGUCUCAAACGACAAUUAAAUGGUUCACAGACCAAUAUAUCACAGAUGAAGAUAAAAACAAACCAAGAGCCUCGGUAAUUCUGAACAAAGACUUUUCAUACCUUCCACCGACACAGAUUAUUGUGGCUGAUCUUGAUCCUCUGAGGGACGGAUGUUAUGAAUAUUAUGAGAAAUUAAAGCAAGCAGGUGUUAAAGUAGAGUUGAAAACAAUAAAAGGUGUGCCUCAUGCAUUUUGGAGCCUUACAGCUGCAUACAAAGAGAAUUGUAGAGAAGCACAUGCUGCUGCUGUGAAGUUCAUCCAAGACCACUGUUAUAAUAACUAAAAUAUGCUAUAUAGUUUGUCCAAAUGAUGCUGAAUAUAAUUAUUGAGUGUCCACAUUUAUACUUUAUAAUAUAAACAGAGAAAUACGCUAUUUAUAUGCGUCCUUUUCUUAUUUUGGUACGGAUUUAUUAGAAAUGUUAUUUAGACAAUGACCUGCUAGCAUCAACUACUAACUUGCUAGUGAAAUCACCAAAACCUAAUUUUGAUAAAUGUUUUGCAUAGUAAUUAAAUACAUGUACAAGGUACUUAAAUUAUGGGCAGUUAGUCACCGGAACUUAAACCAACACACUUCAGUGCUCUAUAUCUGAAUACAUUCUCGGACUUAAUUAUUACUGUUAGGUUAAAGUAUGAACAGGUGUACAAAAAAGGCAAAUUUCGUUUCGUUCAACAAGAGUAUGUUCUAAGCAUAAAUAUUUAGGUUUUUGUAAAGAUGAUUUUGAUAAAAAAUGACAUAUAUGUGAUGUUUCAAUAAAAACCGUAAAUAUUGUAAAUAGUUAUAGUAUUGUUCAUAAAAGUUAUUCAUGUAUCAUUAUAAUACUGCAUGUUUGUAACGUCAUUUUUCAUUGGAUAAUCGUGACGUUUAUAUAGUUUUAUAUACACGGCUGCUGACGAUCCAUGAAGAAAUCUUGCCUUUUUUCUCUAAAAAUGAUGUUUGCUGUAUUAUAAAUUCGUUAUAAAGAUUGUUGACAGGUUAUAUGGCCGUAUAUAAACGGCUGUUUGCAAUAUAACCCUCGCCUAACGGCUCGGGUUAUAUUUACAAAUAGCCGUUUAUAUAGGGCCAUAUAACCUGUCAACGAUCUUUAUAACUAAUAAUAUACAGGCGGAAUGGCCAAGUGGUUAUAACGUUUCGUACGUGGAUUCAAACCCUAUCGGGGACAAGUCGUUGCAUUUGGCUCAUUGCUCAGUACUGGUUGGUCCCCGGAUCGUGUGUCUUAGUAAACAUACACUAUCAAUCUCAGAUUUCCUUAUAUUUACAUGUCUUAGCGUUAUUUAGGUGAUGAUUUAAAUCAAAUUGGGUAUCUUUUAGAUAAAGAAUUGACAGAAAAUGUUUGUCUUCUAUUUCUAACAUUGGAAUAAAAUAUCAUACAGUUA